CGUUGCGCCUCCCAUUUUGGGACGAGCGGAUGUGCAAUGUGACGUCACGUCGCGAGGCGGCCCGCGGCGGGCGGGAGUUUCAACGAGUGCUCAACUCGUGCGUGUUCCUCCAAACCGCAGAGUCGGCGUCGUCGUCGUCCUUGUCGUCCUUUUUGUCUCGAAUGCAGCUGGCAGCGGAAGACUGCAUGCCCCUGCGGGAUUCGCCGAGCCCGGAGGCCUCCGUGCUGUCCCUGGCGACGGGGAGCAGCAAGCGCAAGCGGCGGGGUCACCCGGCGGAGGCCCCGGACGCCGAGUGCACCCCGACGGAGCUCAUUCAGCAGCGGGCGCCGGAACACAAACCGCAACGCUCCGCCUGGAAGGGCAAAGAGAACGACCGCAACCCUUAUGUCAUUUCCAGACGAUCGAGGAAGAGGAAGGGAUCGGUGUCCGGCGUUUCAUGGGACCACCUUCCAGAUGAGUUGAUCCUCAGGAUCCUGGUCUUCUUUCCCCUGCGGGACCUCCUCAGGACGUCGGUCAUUUGCAGACGCUGGCAUCGUUUGGCGUUCGAUGAGUCGCUGUGGCACAGUGUCGACCUGGAGGGGGUGACCGAUAUGGGUCCAGCGCUGCAGCAGGUGCUGAAGACGGGGGUGCGCAGGUUACGCUGUCCUCGCUCUUUCAUUAACAACCUGCACUUAACGGGGACGUGCACCCUGAAGAUCGCUGAAAUCGACCUGUCCAGCUCCAUCGUCGCCGCACCCACCCUGGAGGGCAUCAUCGAUCAAUGCAAUCUGCUCGAGUGUGCCAGUCUGGAGGGCCUGCAGCUCUCUGACAACAUUGUCAAUGGUCUGGCCCAGAAUCUGCGCCUGCGCCAGCUCAACCUGAGUGGUUGCUUCAACUUCUCCGCUGACUCUCUCGCUCACAUGCUACAAUCCUGUUCCAGAAUAGAACAGUUGAACAUAUCGUGGUGCCACUUCAACAGUCACCAUGUGAGAAACAUAGUCGGCCACGUGAGCGCCACUGUUACGCACCUCAACCUCAGCGGAUACAGAGACGGCCUCAUACUAGAUGACGUGAAGGUCUUGGUUAAGAGAUGUCCUGGCAUUCGCACGUUAGAUUUGAGUGACAGCACUCAGCUGAUGGCUGACUGCUUCCCCGUGCUCUCUGCGCUCAAACAUCUGCUGCAUCUGUCCCUGAGCCGCUGCUACCACAUUCACAUCGCCGCCCUCACUGACCUCAGGAAGACGUUCCCCACGCUGCAGUACCUAGAUGUGUUCGGCCUCGUAAACGACAGCCACUUGUCCUCGUUGAGGAAGCAAAGCCUCGGCAUUUGCAUUAACUCCUUGCCUUUCUCUGCCAUCGCCCGACCCACGCCUGCCAGCGUCAGUGGCACCGCUGGCGCCCACAGUAUGUGGAACAAAAAAAAUCGCCUGAGGUUCAAGCUAUAGGGGUUUUUAAAUUGGACUCGAAACACCCGUGAAGUGGAGGAGAGAGUUUGGUGGUAUCGGAUGUUUUCCACACCAAACAAACGUGUGAAGGUCGUUCGGGAAAAUAACCAAUCUGCUUUUGUGGCGUUAGAAAACCUCAAAAGGCACGUUCAAUCUGUUCAGACGUUAAUAUAUGUCUAAAAGGAGGUGCGAAAUGAAACCUUUGCAUAAUGUCUUUCAAUAUUGUGCCACUGUUUGUAGUUUCUAUUCAAAUUGAAUGUACAUGUGACCUUGUCUUCCAUCUGUUCAAGAGUAAAGCACUGAGUGCCAAAACCUG